CUCGCACCACCACCGCCUGCCACCGUCUCUGCGAUCCUGCGCUCCCUCACCGGCUUCACUCCUCUUUCCUCUCACUGAUCGUCCCUCUCGGUGUUUCAGCGGAGGGGCUGCACGCGCGAUUGCGCUAUUGAUACCCACUUUACACUGUGUUUGGAGAAAGUCAGCCUCUCUCUCUCUCCCUCGCUCUCUCUGUCCUCCUCUCUGGUUGCGCUUUGGUAACCUAACAGGGAGGUGUUAACUACUUUUGCUUCCACAAAGCGCCUCCCGUUAUCUCCGGUGCUGCUGCGCAAGAGCCAGAAGGGCAACUGCUACUGAUAUUCCCACUCCGCAGAAAAGUUUUCCGUUUGUUGUGAGGAUAAAAAAAAGAAGAAGCCGGAAACCGAGGAGUCGUCUGCAGAAGAAGCGGAUUCUACCACGGCGAGUUUGGCGACCACAUGAAGAUGAGGAACCAGCUUUGACGACCUACAGAUGUCCACCUUCCUCGGACCAUUCGGCCUCGGCAACACAUCCAACAAACUCUCCAAGAGGGAGCUUUUACUGCUUAUUACCCAGAAGGAAAAACUUAAUUUUGACUAUUUGUUGUAUUUAUCAUUUGGACUGAAGUGGUCCAAACUGUGAAGUCUGUGAAGGACUGAACAUACCCAACGGCACUUACCUGGCACGGAAUGAUCUGGACUGAACUGCGCUCAAGUGAAUGCUGGAGACAGAUUAACUUACUUUAGUUCCACUGAAGAGAAAUGAACUGCAUUCAAGCUAACCUGAAGUGACGUUGGCUGACACUUUAAUUUCUUCAAGAAUACUCUCCUUCCAUUCAAACGGCUCGUUUCUGAGCCCCUUCCUUCAAAACGCCAAAUCCUUUAAGUCUCCAACCCAGAUUCCCUCACUUCCUCAGACCCUUUCCAAGGGUCUUGGACAUUGUCUCAAAUCUUAUUGAGGAGGAAUUAUCUCCUCCUCCUCCUGAAAUCCUUACAACCUCUUUCUUCCAUCCAAACAUGGACCUCCACAGGGCAGCCUUCAAGAUGGAGAGCUCCUCCUACCUGCCCAAUCCCCUGGCCUCCCCAGCCCUCAUGGUCCUGGCCUCCACUGCUGAAGCCUCUCGAGAUGCUUCGAUUCCCUGCCAGCAGCCACGUCCAUUUGGCGUCCCGGUUUCUGUUGAGAAAGACGUCCAUUUGCCAUUUAACAAUGGUUCUUACACUUUUGCAUCAAUGUACCAUCGCCAAGGUGCAGUCCCACCAGGAUUCCCUAACAGGGAUUUUCCUCCAUCCCUCCUCCACCUCCAUCAUCAGUUUGCCCCACCUAACCUGGACUGCUCGCCAAUCAGCAUGCUGAAUCACAGUGGCGUCGGCGCCUUCAGGCCUUUCGCCUCACCACCGGAAGAUCGUGAUGGGGCGCCUGGCGGGUAUCAGUCUGCUUUCACCCCAGCCAAGCGCCUCAAAGGCUGCCUGGAUGCAGAGGCUUCACCCCACCUGCGGUACUCUGAUGCAGAGGGGAAAGAGUACGACUUUGGUGGUGCCCAGAUCCCUCCUGGAGGCUCACCCAGCAGCGCCUUGAAAGCAGUGGAGGACAGUGGGAAAAAGAUCUUCGCUGUGUCAGGCCUCCUAUCUGAUCGAGAGACUUCCUCCAGCCCUGAGGACCGCAUUGAGCGCUUCUCUCCUGUUUAUGAAGGUAAAUUUAUAGGUCUACCAGGAGCUGUUAGCUGGAGGUGGCCUCCGCUGUUCAAACCACAACAAGGCUUCACCCUCCACAUGGAACAGAGACAGCAUAGUAAAAAGAAGAUGUCCCUGUAUGACAGCCAGGCUCCAAUCUGUCCCAUCUGCCAGGUGCUGCUCAGGCCCGGAGAGCUCCAGGAACACAUGGAGACAGAGAUAGAGCGGCUAGCUACUAUAUGCCUCAGUAAGAACCCCUCACCCAAGGAUGGAGCAGCCACUCCAGGAACCCCCAAGUCAAUGCUGUUGUCAGUGCACAUCAAGCGUGAGGGAGAGUCUCCCGUGGUCUCGCCCCUGUCCUCUGAAGACAUCCACCACUCCGACAGAUACCAGACAUUUUUACGAGUUCGGGCAAACAGACAGACAAGAUUGAAUGCCCGUAUAGGCAAGAUGAAGAGGAGGAAGCCUGAGGAAGGGGGCCAGGUAUGUCCGCUGUGCAGCGCCCCAUUGGCUGGGAGCGAGGAGGAGAUGAGUAGACAUGUGGAACAAUGCCUGAUUCAGCGUGAGGGUGCGUUAGGCGAUGAUGAUUCUGCAGACAUGGAUGGAGAGAAUGGGCGGGGCUUUGAGGAGUAUGAGUGGGCGGGGCAGAAGAGGAUCAGAGCUACGGCUUUGCUGGAGGGAGGCUUCAGAGGAACAGGUUUUGCCACGUGUAGUAUCAAGGAGAGUGCGGCAGACAGCGACGCUGACCUAGACGUGGACGGAGACGACACCUUGGAGUACGGCAAGGCCCAGUACACCGAGGCCGAUAUCAUCCCCUGCUCUGGAGCUGGAGAGGACCAAGGAGAGGCCAGGGAGAGGGAGGCGCUACGGGGAGCCGUGCUCAACGGUGGGAUGCCUUCUAACAGAAUAACGCCUGAAUUCUCCAAAUGGGCCAGCGACGAGAUGCCUUCAACGAGCAACGGAGAAAGCAGCAAGACAGACCCCAGCACUCCUUCAUCCUCCUCCUCUUCCUCCUGCGCCCCGCGCACCUGUAAAAACAGUGAGAUCGAAAAGGUAACGGAGGAAGAGUCCACAGCCACCACCAUGGAGGCUCUGAAGGCUCGAAUCAGAGAGCUGGAGAGGCAGAUACUGAGAGGAGACCGAUACAAGUGUCUGAUCUGCAUGAGGAAGCCUGCUAUCCAAUCAGGCGCGGAGAUCAAGAGCCUAGGGGUGUGGCCAGGGCCCCGGCCACUGGCCAAUGAGGUCGGAGAGAGGCAGCCUAAGUCCCUCCCCCUCGGCCUGUACUGCCUGUACAGGGGCCUUGUGAUUGGUGGCUACGGCAGCGGCAUAAAGAGGCUCCUCCCACAGCCCCUACGGAGGGAUUCCUACACGAUGCCGCUCACCUCCAUCCAGUGCUGGCACGUCCAUUGCGAAGAAUGCUGGCUCAGGACUCUGGGGAACAAGAAGCUGUGCCCGCAGUGCAACACCAUCACCUCACCCGGAGACCUGAGGCGCGUCUACUUGUAAAGAGCAACCCUCCCCCACCCCCGCCGCCCUCGUCCUUCCCAUCCAUUCCUCCUCUCAUCUUGGAUUUCAUCGUCCUCCCUGUCGAUUGUCAUUCGUUUUCUCUCUCUUGUGGCCUGGGUCGGCAGCUCCAGACCCUCCAAGAGCGUACAGAGACAAGACGGCUGUCUUUGAGACUCCACUGGCUCUUUCAGGAGGUUAAAACUGGAUGAAACUGAAUGACCGGGCAGCACUCGCUGACUCUCGGGCUGGCUGCCUGGCCACCCACAAAAAAACUAAUUAAAACAUGGAGAUCUGCAAUCCCACUGGUCAAAAGGCUUGUUUCCUCUGACUCACUGACAUGACUCCCUGUACAUGUAACAUGGGGUGUCCACUGAAGGACUUUUAGUCAGUGGAGACCCCCAACACCCAGCUAGGCCCUGCUGAGACCUGGUAGCUUCAUGCUGCAGUAGCUGAAAUGGACUUCUUAAUACAGAAAAUGAAGACUUCUUUUUUCCCCUAACCCUUCUUUGACAUUUCGGUGGUGCUGAACAACGGGCUCUACCCUGAAGACUCGGCAGAAAGCUUCUUUUUGUUUUUUGUUCCCUAUUCUAGAGAGAAAACUAAUAUCCACAUGCCCCUGUUGCUUAUGAGAAUUAAAAAAGGGCCUGUCCACUAAAACUGAGCUUUCAACCAAACUGAGAAUAACCUCACAACCUUGAAAAGGAGUUUGACACUCCUCCUCCUCCACCUCUUCUUCUUCUCACAAGCCCUUCCUUCCCCUCUCCCCUUAUUCCCCCUUUUGUGGUGUUCUAGUGAAGUAAACCAAAAUUUCUCCCUCUUCCAAGAUGCAGUGCAAGCACAUGUAAUAUAGUUCUAUGUAUGUUUACAAUGUUGGGUGUAAAUGACAUAGAGUUCUCUCACUCACACACACACACACGCACACACACACACACGUACACACACACAUUACCAUCAGCAGACACAGAAGUAUAUAAUAUCAAAGUCCUGUUUUUAGGUGGAAGGGUUUGGGAAUGAUGUUUGGGGAAAAAAUGGCUGGAAUAAAAGAAGCCUUCUGUAUUUUUAAAAAAAUAAUAAUUUGAAGAUCCGUUUAAGUUUUAUUUCACUGUACAGGAAUAAAAAAAAUUUAAGUAAUAAUAAACUACUCAAGACUAGAUGGUCAAGAUUUAGGUGGUGUAAUUUUUCUGCAGAGUACCCUGAAAAAAGCAAGGAAAGACCUUUUAUUAUUUUUAUCGAAUACUGAGAUUCCUAGACUGCAAACAAGCAGAACGAUGGAACUGCUCUUUAGUUGCUACAAUGUCCAACUGAGCCUCUUCUUUUAACCUCCAUUUCUGCUUCCGCUCAUUCGGAGUAACAUCAUGCUCAGAUCAUAGUCUAGAAACAUUUUGUUUUACCCCUACAUGUCUCAAAAGAAAGCUUUUUCCAUUGUUUCAUCAUAUUGCUAUGCUGCAAAAAGGUCCCAAAAUGGCAACCCCGAAGGGCAGGUUCUUUCUAGCUAUAACGAAUGAGGGAAUUCUCUGGAAAAGAAGGAUGUCCAAGGCUAAACUGGCAACCUUCAGAACCCGCAGCAUUUCCCCCCUUCCCUUUACGGCAGCAGCAGCAACCAAGGUGGUGGUGUGCUUUGUGUUUGUAAAACUAUGUAUUCUGUGACGUCUGUAUUGUUGUAAGAAAUGCUGAAAAAAAAAAAGGAAAAAAUAAAACUUCUCAAAUACCA